CAGUGAAGGGAAUUGAUGUCUCUGUUGGAAUGUUUCAGGAUUACUGGAGAGAAUGUGCACUACGGUACUCCAACUAAUCCAAAAUUGCCAUCUCAUAUUCCAGGUGGCUCAUCCAGUGGUUCAGCUGUUGCUGUUGCAGCUGAACUUGUUGAUUUUGCUUUAGGUACCGAUACGACUGGGUGCAUUAGAGUCCCAGUAGCAUUUUGUGGUGUCUUUGGGUUUAGGCCGUCACAUGGGGCCGUAUCAACUAUUGGUGUUCUGCCUGUAUCACAAAGUUUGGACAGUAUUGGUAUGUAUCAUUUUGUUUUCUCUAGACUAUUACCACAGUAUUUGCUUUGUGACAAAUCAUAUAUUUAUAUAAAAGAGAACCCUAGGCCCGCCUACAUGGCGCCACCACAAGCAAGAAUUUCCUUUUAA